AUGGCAAGCAAACCCCAGGAGUCGUCAAAGCAGAUGAUGCUAAACAAGAAUGUCGCCGGUGGACAGCUUGCACGCUUCUCCAUGCAGCCUCCAACGGGCUUCUAUCGCGAUGGGUACUGUCGUGUCGGACCGGAGGACAAGGGCAACCACUCUGUUGCCGCGGUUGUGACCGAAGACUUCUUGAACUAUUCAGCGUCGCAGGGAAACAACCUGAAAGAGGUGGGCGUGAAACCGGGUAUGAAAUGGUGCCUUUGUGCGCAUCGCUGGAAAGAUGCAUUCGACGCCGCUCAGAAGGGUCUUCUGUCCAACGACGCGGUCCCCAAAGUCUCCCUGCACGCUACCCAUGAGGCCGCGCUCGAGAAGAUCUCAUACAAGGAGCUGAAGCAGUAUGCUUCCGUCAGCGAAGCAGACGCGCAGUCAAAUCGCCAGCCAUCACACCAGAAUCCUGGGACAAGCAGCAUAGCGAAGGAGACGACGAGUAUUCAAGGUAAUCGACAGUCGACGGCCAACUAA